CGAGCGGGGUUCGUCGUCAGCCUUUGCGGUCUCCCCGAGAAACGCUUCCGGUAUCAGGACUCGACCCAACACAGUCCUUCCCGUCUCUCGGCUGCCGCAAAGUUCCCUUAACUCAUCCACUUCCGGUCCGGCGAAGUGUCCAAGGGCUUCGACAGCGGAAGUGGUACAAAGGAGAAGUGUGGAUCCUUCCGGUUCCAGCGACCCGGACUCCUGUGUGACAACAUGAAACUGCUCACCCACAAUCUCCUGAGCUCGCAUGUGCGGGGCGUGGGCACGCGUGGCUUCCCGCUGCGCCUGCAGGCCACCGAGGUCCGCAUCAACCCCGUGGAGUUCAACCCCGACUUCGUGGCACGGAUGAUCCCCAAAGUGGAGUGGGCGGCGCUUGUGCAGGCAGCGGACACCUUAAACUUGGCUGAGGUACCCAAAGAGCCGACUGAAGGUUAUGAACACGACGAGACGUUUUUGAGGAAGAUGCACCACGUGUUGCUUGAGGUUGAUGUGCUGGAGGGCACCCUGCAAUGCCCAGAAUCUGGUCGUCUUUUUCCCAUCAGCCGCGGGAUCCCCAAUAUGUUGUUGAAUGACGAGGAGAGUAAGACAUAACCUUGCUAGCCACCACUUUGGUAUUUUGCUACCGUGUGUUUCUGUUGUAUGGUCUGUUAACGAAUGUGUCAUGUGUGACCCCAAACACCCCCAGUGACUCACCAACCACGGUGUACUUGAGUUCCAUAGUAUAUUUUUUUUUCUCAUUAAAGGUUCAAAACCAAAA